GUUAUCAGCAGCAGCAGAAGAAGAAGAAGUCAGGCGCUGUCCUGCUCCGUAAUGUCCUUUAGCGAUGUCUACAGCCUCUAAAGUGGUGCUCGGGGUGUCCGUGGCGCUGACUGUGGGCACUGUGGCGGGAGUGCACAUAAAGCAGAACUGGGAAAGACAGAGGCUGCGAGAGGGAGUGGUGCGAGACCUGGAGCGUGUGCAGAGGAAGCUUGACAACCAGCGAGCGCUCGAGGAGCAGAUACACCUGACCAGAGAGCUCGUGGCACACCAGGAAGCUGCCGAGGCAGCCGGGAGCCGGCAGGGUUCACUCUGAGCAGGUGGUUUAAACGAUCAAUAAUGGAGGGGCUGGAGAAGCGUGGCAUGAUGGGACAGGACGAAGAGGCGAUGUGCAUGUCAGCCUCUGACGGCCUGGAGGAGGGCGAGGUGGAGGGCGAGACUCUGCUCAUCGUGGAAUCGGAGGA